UUCUAAUGUGGAGUCCCCACUGAAUCUUCAGUCUUCUCUUUACGCCUUUGGGAGCUGCCAAUUGAAGUGGUAUUUAUAACACAGAUUAUUCCUGAACAAAAUAACAGAACCUCACAAACCUCUUCUUUCUGUUCCUUCGUGGAUCGCUACUUGCUACGCCAUCGCCAGAUUUUCUUCUUGGCUGGCGGAUCAAAUUUUUGUUAGCAAAAAUGAGCGUGGUGGGUUUUGAUUUUGGCAAUGAGAGCUGCAUUGUUGCAGUUGCAAGGCAGAGGGGAAUUGAUGUUGUACUUAAUGAUGAGUCGAAGCGUGAAACACCUGCCAUUGUGUGCUUUGGUGACAAGCAACGCUUUAUUGGGACUGCUGGGGCUGCAUCAACUAUGAUGAACCCCAAGAAUUCUGUCUCACAGAUGAAGAGACUCAUUGGCAAAAAAUUCUCUGAUCCUGAAUUGCAGCGGGAUAUCAAGUCUUUGCCUUUUAAUGUCACAGAAGGCCCUGAUGGAUUCCCAUUAAUUCAUGCACGCUACAUGGGUGAAGUUAAAACAUUUACACCUACUCAAGUAUUUGGAAUGAUGUUGUCAAAUCUUAAGGAAAUAGCCCAGAAAAAUCUCAAUGCUGCUGUUGUUGAUUGUUGUAUUGGAAUCCCGGUUUAUUUUACUGAUAUUCAGAGGAGGGCUGUCUUGGAUGCAGCCACUAUUGCUGGUCUGCAUCCGCUUCGCCUGUUCCAUGAAACAACUGCAACUGCCUUGGCUUAUGGGAUUUACAAGACCGAUCUUCCUGAGAAUGAUCAGCUGAAUGUUGCCUUUGUCGACAUUGGACAUGCUAGCAUGCAAGUGUGCAUUGCUGGCUUCAAAAAGGGACAGCUGAAAGUAUUGGCUCACUCCUAUGACAGGUCUCUGGGUGGUAGGGAUUUUGAUGAGGUUCUGUUCCAUCACUUUGCUGAAAAAUUUAAGAUGGAGUACAAAAUUGACGUUCUCCAGAAUGCCCGGGCUUGUUUGAGGCUUAGGGCUGCUUGUGAGAAGCUGAAGAAGGUGCUUAGUGCAAAUCCUGAGGCACCUCUGAAUAUUGAAUGCUUAAUGGAUGAGAAGGAUGUCAGAGGCUUCAUCAAGCGCGAUGAGUUUGAGCAACUAAGUCUCCCGAUUUUGGAACGUGUGAAGGGACCUUUGGAGAAGGCACUAGCUGAAGCAGCUCUUACAAUUGAAAAUGUUCACAUGGUUGAGGUGGUUGGUUCAGGAUCUCGUGUACCAGCUAUCAAUAAAAUAUUGACAGAUUUCUUCAAAAAGGAGCCUAGACGAACAAUGAAUGCUAGUGAGUGUGUUGCUAAGGGUUGUGCCUUGCAAUGUGCAAUUCUUAGUCCAACUUUUAAAGUACGAGAGUUUCAGGUCAAUGAAAGUUUUCCUUUUGCAAUUUCCCUUUCAUGGAAAGGUUCUGGACCAGAUGCACAGGGAAUUAGUGGAUCAGAUAAUCAGCAAAGUAGCCUUGUUUUCCCCAAGGGCAAUCCCAUUCCUAGUAUUAAGGCAUUGACAUUCUACAGGCCAGGAACAUUCUCUAUUGAUGUACAGUAUAGUGAUGUGAGUGAACUGCAAACACCUGCCAAGAUCAGUACAUAUACUAUUGGUCCGUUCCAAACUACAAAAACUGAAAGAGCAAAAGUUAAAGUGAGAGUUCGUUUGAAUUUGCAUGGAAUCGUAGCUAUUGAUUCAGCAACUCUAUUGGAAGAGGAAGAAGUUGACAUUCCGAUUUCCAAAGAAUCAGCUGCAGAAAACACCAAGAUGGAUACCGAUGAAUCCCCUGCUGAUGGUGCUGCUCCUCCAACCUCCAAUGACACUGAUGUUAACAUGCAAGAUGCAAAGGCUAAUACUGAUACCACUGGGCCUGAAAAUGGUAGCCCUGAGACUGGAGAAAAGCCUGUGCAAAUUGACACUGAUACCAAGGCUCCGAAGAAAAAGGUUAAGAAAGCAAAUAUUCCUGUAGCAGAGGUGGUUUAUGGAGCUAUGGAACAAGUGGAUCUCCAGAAAGCUGUAGAAAAGGAGUUUGAAAUGGCUUUGCAAGAUCGCGUGAUGGAAGAAACAAAAGACAAGAAAAAUGCCGUUGAGGCUUAUGUUUAUGAAAUGCGGAACAAGCUUAAUGACAAAUAUCACGAUUUUGUCACUGCUCCAGAGAGGGAAGAUUUUACUGCUAGACUUCAGCAGGUGGAAGACUGGCUAUAUGAUGAUGGUGAAGACGAAACUAAAGGCGUAUAUAUUGCGAAACUUGAAGAACUUAAAAAGCAAGGUGAUCCUAUUGAAGCUCGUUAUAAAGAACACACAGAGAGGGGCACAGUAAUUGACCAGCUCGAGUAUUGUAUAAAUAGUUACAGAGAAGCUGCAAUGUCAAGUGAUCCCAAAUUUGAUCACAUUGACAUCAAUGAAAAGCAGAAGGUCCUAAAUGAGUGUGUUGAGGCUGAAAACUGGCUUAGGGAGAAAAAGCAACAGCAGGAACCACUCCCAAAAUAUGCCAACCCUGUGCUCUUGUCUGCUGAAAUAAGAAGGAAAGCGGAAGCUGUUGACAGGUUCUGCAAGCCAAUUAUGACGAAGCCAAAACCAGCCAAGCCAGCUACUCCCCCAGCACAAGCAACAACCCCACCACAGGGUGGUGAGCAGCAGCAACCUCAGGGGGGUGCAAGUGCCAACGCUAAUGAGAAUGCACGGAACAAUGGUAGUGAUAUCCCACAAGAAUCGAUGGAGACCGAGAAUAAGCCAUAGAACACAGGGUCUUCAUAAUUAUUGCUUGUUUAUUGCGAUCAAGUUCAUUGAGUCAAAGACCAAUUAUUCUAUUAAUACCUUCUAUAUAAGCAUGCUGAUGGGACAUGGGAAGAGAAAGGUGGGUUUUGUGCCUUGUGAUUGAGUGGCUGCGCUGGGAGGUUUGGGUUUUGCACCUCGCUUGGUUGGUUGGUUGAUUGGUCAGGUUUUUUAGUACUUAAUAUUAUGGUGAUCUUUGAAAUCCGGAUUUUUUUUUAUCGAAGGGUUUUGAAGAGGAUAAUGUGCGGUCUGGAUUCCCAAGCCCAAGGGGAAUAGGCCAAUUUUAUGUACGAUGUUGAUUUCUAGAGGUUGAAUUAUAAUGUUUGUUUCCCAUUUUAUAAUUAAUUUUCAUUUUUAGUGACAA